AUGGUCGACUUUUCCUCGCACGUCCGCAGGGGCCACCCCAUCACCUUUGGCGUCCUCGUCUUCAUCUCCCUCGUCGUUGCCAUCAUCGCUUCGGUCUUGACGCACGACUACAAUGCUGGCGAUGAGCUCCACGACCAGCCGCUGGUCAACCGCGUUCACUUCUGGGUCUUUACCGGAUGGUGGACCUUCCUCUUCUCCAUCGCCUACACUGCCCUCUUCCUGACCGGUGUCGGUGGAGUCGUCACCUCGAUUGCAGGGCACGGCAUCUGGCUGUUCCUCACCUGGAUCUUCUGGCUCGCAGGCUCGGCCUCGCUCGCCAACCGCAUUGGCACUGACUGCUCCAACCACGGCUACUACUACUGCAAUUCCCUCCGCGCUCUCGAGGCGUUUGGCUGGAUCGGAUGGGCUCUCCUCACCAUCAUGCUCGCUGUCGUUGCCGCUAUUGGCGGCGGCGCUUUCCGUGGUGGGCGUGGGCUCAAGGACGGCCUGAGCGAGGCGUAA